UUCAAAAAUAGUUCACUUCAUCGCAGCAGCAACCGGUGCAGUAGCUGCUGCGGGCGGCUGAGGAGGGUGACAGACAUGGCUCUUUGCGGAAAUAAAUAACGGGACUGGCGAAAGACAACAUCCUAACUCAGACAGAAAAAAAAGCGAAGGGGGGACCGAAGAAACUUGACCGCAAGAAGGUUUCUGGGUUCAUGUAUUUGUACGAUAAUACCUGCCGAAAAUAGUCCCGCUGUCCUUUAUUGAAACCCCCCCAGUCCUACGUGACCUCCUGACUCUGAGAGGAUGGUGAUGGCGGAAGGAGCCCAGAGAGAAAGAGGGAGGGUUCCUGCGAGAGCAGAGGGGAGACAGAUCUUCAUUGAGCUCGGGGAAAAGGACUUUGAUUCUAUUUGUCUGUCCACAUAUCGAACUGCCUGCAAGCUCAGAUUUAUACAGAAGAGAUGCAACUUGCAUUUGAUCGACAUUUACAAUGUGAUCGAGGCGGUUCGGGACGCCGGGCUGAACGCAGUAGAGCUCAACGCAGGUAUCUCAGUUACCCGACUGGAGAACCUGGUUUCCUCCCUGUUCAACCAGCUCAGCAAACGCCUUCCCACCACACACAUCAUCAACCCGCAAGAGUGCACCGUCCUCCUGGUCGAAUUUAUUCUGGCCGCCGUUGAUUGUGAUCCAGAAAGCCGUCUGACGGUUCUCUCUGUGAAGGCGAUGCUCUCUAUACUUUGCGGAGGGAAGCUGAUAGAUAAACUGCGCUAUGUGUUUUCUCAGGUGUCUGACUCCAAGGGGGUCUUAGUUCUGUCUAAGUUUGACAGUUUUUUAAGAGAGGCUCUUCAGUUGCCCACUGCUCUACAUGAAGGACCAUCGUUUGGAUACACCCACACUGUGGCACGCUCCUGUUUCCCACAACAGAAACGUGUGAUGCUCAACAUGUUCUUAGACAUUGUAGCUGAGCCUCCCGAAUGUCUCGUCUGGCUUCCUCUGAUGCACCGCAUGGCCAAUGUGGAGCACGUCUAUCAUCCAGUUUCCUGCUCCUACUGCCGCAGUAAUGGGAUCACUGGUUUCCGCUAUCGCUGCCUCCGCUGCCGGGGUUAUCAGCUCUGCCAGAACUGCUUCUGGCGUGGGAACACCAGCGGCUCCCACAGCAACCAGCACCAAAUGAAGGAGCACUCCUCCUGGAAGUCACCAGCGAAGAAGCUUGGUCGAGCCCUUAGCAGGACUCUUGGCUGUGUAUCUUCAAGGGAACCGCCUCACCCGAUUUACCCCGAGGAGCCUGAGCGGACGCUUAACCUCACCAACAUAGUCCCCUCCAGACCAAUUGGGAACACCAACGAGGCCAUGUUGCUGUCUUCGUCGGUGCCAGAGUCCUCAAAGAGUUUGGCAGCAGCUCAGAGAAUGAAUGAAGAGCAUGCCCUGAUUGCAGCGUAUGUCAAUCGACUGCAGAGCGGCCCCUGUGGAGUAGACAGCCCCAGCAGGCAAGAUGAGGAGCACAAACUGAUCGCUCGCUACACAUCACGACUGGCAGAGACGGAGAGCACAGGAAUGAUUCCAACAAGGAGCAUCAACUUCGAUGUUAACAAACAGAAGAGGGAGCUCAUUGCUCAGCUGGAGUGUAAAAACAGAGAGAUCUUGGCAGAAAUCAAGCGUCUCCGUGCAGAGCAUGACGCAGCGUGUCAGCCGAGCCCAGAGAGGGGCAGCACCAACCCAGCUCUGCUGGCUGAGCUUCGGGUGCUCAGACAGAGGAAAGAUGAACUGGAGAAGAGGAUGUCUUCCUUGCAAGAGAGCAGGAGGGAGCUGAUGGUACAGCUGGAGGGGCUGAUGAAGCUGCUCAAGGAUGAGGAACAGCGACAGGCAGCUCAGGCAGCCGGUUCUUCUCACGCCUCCCCGUCCCGACCGAGCCCGUCACCCGUUCGCUCAGUAAGCGCCGCGUCUCCUCAGGCCCACAUGUACCUUCCUCAAGACUCCCUGGCUGGGGUGGGCGGCGAUGUGCAGGAAGCUUUUGCUCAAGGUCCGAGGAGAAACCUGCGGAACGACCUUCUGGUUGCAGCAGACUCCAUCACCAACACCGUGUCCUCGCUGGUCAGAGAGCUCCACUCUGAUGAAGGUCGAGAGGAAGAGGAGAGGUUGCUGAAUGGGAAGGACAGAGCAGGUUAAAGUGCUGAGGAAAUAUAGGAGGAAAUAAACAUACUCGUGAUUCAUCGAGGCCAAAGAUGACUGACCGCACCAGGGCUGAGAUGGGCAACAGUCAUUGGUUUUAGUCUUCUAUGCCCAUCAACCAAUUAGGAUGCUGGACGCCAAACGACCGCAGCCGGUCUCUACUGAUGUAUAGUUGUGAUCAUGCGUGUGUCUUGUCGCAGUGUUCCCUGUUUUUGUUGUUUUUGAUCUGAUCUUGCAUAAUCAAAUGAGGAAUCUGAAAACCUACUGACAUGUACUGUAGCAUGCGUGUGUCGGAAUGUGUGCUGAUGCAUCGUUUAGGUGGAGGAGGGUCGAGGAAGUGGGAGGGACUUGGAAAGGAGGAUGCUUGGAGGAUUUUUAGGGACGGGAAGCUUUUGGAAUAGAAAGGAAAUAUUGAAGAAAAUUAGAGAAAGUUAAAAAAGUGAGGACUGAGCUGAUAAAUUUUAGGUUUGAGCACUGUGUGCUUAAUAUUUAUUGCUUUGAUUUGUUUUUUUGUCAUGUAAUCUUUCAGUUUGAGUGCUUUAUGUGUUUAUGAGAGUGGUCAGAUCCUGCUGAGACAUUUAAGCUUUAAUUUCCACGGAGCUGCCUCCAUGUAGUGGAGGUGUUAAAGACUUCAGAUAGUGUCUGUAAUCAUAUUGUUUACAAAAACAUGGACACAAAGCUUCCCCUAACUGUACAAAGUGAUGCCACAAUAUGGACAAAAGCCAAAUGUCAUUUUCCAGCUCUGGUUCUAGCACUGUAAAAACAAACUUUAUCAUGGUGAAGUUGACUUUUUGGAUAUAUUUUUGUCUAAAAAAAGACAGCGAUAGAGCCACGGGUGCCUUUAUGGCAGCUCAGAGGGUUCAGGCUUUGUGUAUUCUGGUACUACAGUUGAAGAGGAGCUAUCUGAUUACUGUGGUGUGUGUGUGUGUGUGUGGAUUAUGUGUGCGAGUUUUAUGAACAGUUUCAGUUUUGUAAAAUAGAAAAUAUUUAUCUUGAUCACUUGAAUAAUUACGGUGCUUUUUAAAAGUAUUCACUGCUCUUAAACGGUAAAAAAAUCAGUUUGUCAUUCAAAAUCAUGAAGAGAUAAUAACCUUAAACUUGAUCUGAAUGUUAUGUCUUCCUGAGUUGGUGCUGCACUUCUUUUGCUUUUCACAUAUAGAGACGAAAAUAGUCCUAAAAUCAUCUCCAUCACAUUGGACAGAGAGCCUCUGCAGCAUCGUUUUAAGUUUCGCCACAGACUGACGGAUGGAUUUAAGGUCUGAACCUUGACAUGGAUCUGGUUUGUUCCUAAACAUUCCUCUGAAGAUCUGGCUGUGCUUUAAUGGUCGCUAACCUACAGGAAGGUGAACCUCUGUCCAAGAUGUGCAUCCCCACAUCAUGAUGUUGCCACCUCCAUGUUUUUACUGAGGAAGAUAUGACCUUAUCAAAUUUAAGGUUUAAGAGGGAUGGAUACUUUUUAAAAACGCCGUAAAUAAACUUGGUUUGGAAGCUUGAGGGCAAUGACCCAUUUUUUUGAUCCCAAAUUAAAUCAUACCACCUUAAAAAUUCUGUCUUUUUGCAUCUUUUGCUAUUUUCCUUCUUGAAUUUAUGUUUUCGUGCAGGUCUUUACCAGUUCAAGAGAACGUCAGCUAUACAUGAAAGGAAUCUGAACAAGUCCGAAAUUUUAAGAAAUGCUUUGCUUUGCAUGGAUUGUUCAGGUUUUGAAGUUUUUCCUUAAGUUCACACAGAUACCCUACAGGCAGAAGCAAUGCUGCUGUGGACAAAAUAAAACAAAAUAAAAAAAAUCUUAAGAUGUCACAUUGAUUCACGUUUCUUUUCAUUUAGGUUUUACUGUGUAAACUCGAAACAGGAAGUCCUUCUGAUUAAUAAACUCAGUCUCAGUAGUUAUAUUUGUGCUUGUUAAAGCUGAAGCAAAACGGAAGUUAACAUUUAUUGAACAGACCUUAAAUUAUUUACAAGUUGUUAUUCGUGUGUUUAAAUUUUUUAUAAGGACCUAAAUCACUGAAGCAGCAUUCUGUUAUCCUACACUUCGUGUCUAGGCUGUAAUUAUUCUUUUAGUUUUUAAAAGACACCUGGCUAAGCCAACUUUUUACUUUGCUGUCUUUUUUUUCUUAAUGUAAAAUCUGAUGAGUUUGAGUUUUGAGGUGCUAAAUUCUACAAAGUACAAACCAAAUACGUGUUUUGAGUCAA